AUGGCGGUGACAGCGAGAAGCAGUGUGCUGGUCGUGAUCCUUCUGAUAGCGUCGACUGUAGAUGCCCAGUUCAAGUGUCCCAAGAACCGUGGCCAGUUUGAGGACGCGGUGCAGUGCGACAAGUACUACGUGUGCGAUGAGGGCGAAUCCACCGAAAAGCUCUGCCCGGACGGUCUCGUCUUCGAUCCGACGAUCAAGCUGAUCAACAAGUGCGACCAGCCGUUCAACGUGGACUGUGGCGAUCGGCUCGAGCUGCAACCGGCACAGGGCACCAGCGACUACUGUCCGCGCAAGAACGGAUUCUUCAGCCAUCCGGAUCCGUCCAUCUGCAACGUCUUCUACAGCUGCAUCAACGGCGAGGAGCUGGAGAUGAGCUGUACUGGCGGACUCCACUUUGACGAGAAGUCCGGCACCUGUGUGUGGCCCGAUGUGGCAGCUCGUGAGGGCUGUGGAAGCAAUGCCAACAAGAAGCUUAACGAUGGCUUCCAGUGUCCGAAGGAGACGCGCUACGACAAGAACGGACAGGUCAUCACUCACCCGAACUACCCGCAUCCGACUGACUGUUCCCGGUUCUACUACUGUCUGAACGGCAUCGAACCCCGCCUCGGUCAGUGCGACGCAAAGAUGGUGUACAACGAAGAUCUGCAGCGUUGCGAUGAUCCAGAGAACGUCCCGGAAUGCAAAGACUGGUACAAGGAGGAGGAGGCGACCAGGAACUGA